CUGAUGUUUCUAAGUGCUGGUUCAAGAAACUCACUCUCCUCACUGUGGUCCUCUUCAUUUUGAUCAUCAUCAUUGUUCUGGCAGUAACAUUUAACCCAUCUUCAGCUGAUCCAGCAGCUGCCCACUGCUGCCCAGAUGGCUGGGUUGGGUACCAAAGACAAUGCUACUAUUUCUCAGAGGCCGAAGAGAGCUGGACCGACAGCCAGGACCACUGCUUCUCCCUUGGUGCCUCCCUGGCUGGGAUCGACACCCAGCAGGACCUGGCUUUCAUUAACCGCUAUAAAGGCCUCUCUGAGCACUGGAUUGGCCUCCGGAGGGAACCGGGCCAGCCCUGGAAAUGGACCAACGGCACUGAGUUCAAUCACUGGUUUGAAGUCCGAGCUGACGGCGAGUGUGCGUAUCUGAAUGACGUGGCAGUCACCUCGUCGUGGUGUGACACGGUGCGAUACUGGAUCUGCAGCAAACCGGCUGCCAGACGGACGAGGAAUGAGGCACAUGCUGCGCAAGGGCAAUCAGAAAUGUCAAAGCAUGGCUGA